GGAUCGAUGAUAUGAUGUUAGUUCAUCAAAUCUACCUACGUUGUUCGCCCUAAGUGUUGCAAACCGGCAAAGUUGAUUGCCGUUAACACAUUGGAUCCUUUUACGAGUCUUUUUAAAUACCUUCAUGGCGUCAUAUGAUUGAUGCUCGAGUAGGUUCGCCACGGUGCCUUUUGUUAUUCAUCAGCAGACAAUGUCUAAACCAGUCUUUGUUCUUCUCCAUGGGGCGUGGCAUAGCCCUAAAUGCUGGAACAGCCUUAUUUCCGAACUUGAAAAGGCGAACUACCGUGCCGUUGCUCCCGCCCUGCCUUCGACUGGCUCCACUCCGCCGACGCCCGACUGGUCAGGAGAUGUAGAAAUCAUUCGGAAGACAGUAACCGAUCUCAUCCAAAAACAUGAUGUCGUCGUCGUCGCGCAUAGUUUCAGUGGCAUGACUGCAGGCACCGCUUUAGAAGGCCUUGGCAAGCAGACAACCACGUUCAAGGGUCUGAAAGGCGGGGUUCUAAGACUGAUUUACAUCACCGCGUUUUUGGUACCUGAAGGCUUUCAACACUCUCCUCGUGGCACUCGCGACAACAUGGUUCCUGAAAUGAAGACUGAUCUCAAUGCCGGCAUUAUUACUAUCCGCCCGGAGGAUGCCAAGGACAUGUUUUAUCAGGACAUCGACGACGAAACUGUUGCUGAACUUGCCAAGGACUUACGCCCACAGAGCUUCGGAUCUUAUUGGAGCAUUACCAACUACGCUUCCUGGCGGCAUAUCCCAACCACCUAUAUCCUAUGUACUGCGGACCGACCAAGUACUGUGGUAGCCGCCCAGUAUCUCAUUGACACGGCCAUAGCAAGUGGUCCAAAUAAGAUUGAGAAAGUCAUUCGCGUUGAUACCGGCCAUUCUCCAUUUAUUAGUAGGCCUGAGUGGACUGCUCAGACUCUCAUCAGCGAGGCAACCGGGGGAUCCAAAUUUACCUAGUGCCUAUUACUAGAAGAUUAGCUGAAGAGUAGGAGUCAGGAUGGUUCUAUAGUAGGCA